GAGGGAGACUGAGAGAGGGAGUGGAAGCGAGAAAGAGCAGCAGAUCAAGACAGAACAUGCACAUCAGAGCUGACUCAAAACUUCGUGCCUUGUUUUUGUUGUUGAACUCGCUGUGACUUUUCACCCAUUUUGUAAAAUAACAAAAACAAAACAUGUCUUGCAGACUAAACAUGGGAGUUUUCUGCAAUUGAAUCAUUUAUUUUAAAUGCUCAAUUCUCGCACAGGAUAAAUCGCUCAUUUGUCGUCCGAAAUGAGCGCGUCUGCUGGGACGGGGGUGUUUGUACUCUCCUUGAUGUCCAUCCCCAUCUGUUACUUAUUUAAUUCCCUCAUUUACAACAGCAGUGCUGAAGCAUUCUUCUUCGCUGGAUGUACAACAGUCCUCAUCCUGGCCGUUUCUGCCCGUUUUAUGAUCAAGAAGAAGGCUCCAGUAGAUCCUCUUUUUUAUGUGUAUGCGGUGUAUGCAUUCCUCAGUGUGGUCAAUCUGAUCAUCGGGCUGGAGCAGGACAACAUCAUUGAUGGAUUUGUGACAUUUUACCUCAAAGUGGCAGAUCCACAUAUUAAUACAGCACAUGGGCACAUGAUCUCCUACUGGGAUGGCUGUGUGCAUUAUCUCAUGUAUCUGCUCAUGAUUGCUGCGAUUACUUGGGGGGACAGUUACCGAGCCAUUGGACUCUAUUGGGUGGGAUCCUUUCUCAUGCGUGCCAUAGUCUACAUUCUUGGGAAUGCGGUGGGAAAAUAUGGGACCCAUGUUAGUCCUCUCUUUGUCCUCUACAUGCUGUAUAUCUCAGUGUCUGUUUGGGCUUCCUUCCGGAUCUUUAGUCAGUCCUCCAUACGGGAUGUUCAGCCAAAAAGCAUCCAGGAUGCUGAAAGAAAAGGUUUACUCCACAGACCUCUGGACUUACUGUUUGUUAUCUACCUCAUCCCUGCUUUUGCUUUCUGUGUCUUCAGAGGCCUGAUUGUUCUGGACUGUUCCAGCAAAUGGUGUCAAGACUACACACAACAGUAUGAACCCUACCUGAAAGACCCUUCAGCCUAUCCUAAAGUACAGAUGCUGGUGAGCAUGCUGUAUUCUGGACCAUACUACAUCAUUACUCUCUAUGGGCUGAUGGUCGAAGGAUGUGAGUGGAUGCCAGACCUGACUCUUGUACAUUCGGGAGCAAUUGCACAGGCCCAGUUCGCUCAUAUCGGUGCGUCUCUUCACACACGGACGCCGUUCUCCUACAGAGUGCCUGCUGACAGCCAGCAUGUCUUCUUGCUGAUCAACAUCCUGUACGCCGUGGUGCCUCAGGCUCUGUGCUACCGCUGCCGCACACGGCCAGCCUUCUUCCUCAGGCCAACACCAGAUAGGAAGACUAAAUGACAGAGAGUGUCAGGAUGCUUAAAUAAAAGGCUGAUGUUCUUGCAAAGUACUGGUCUGUGUUUGCAGUUAUUAGUUGCUAUUUUGGGAGUGGGAACUGCCAUGAGGGCACUGGAGGUAUUAUAUACAUGACAAAAUAUCCCAGUGUCAAACAGACUUUGUGUCAUUUAUGUUCUGCUGCUUAUUUUAAAAAUGUGAACAUGAAUCUAAAAAAUUAAAGUGUGUUUUUUUUAUUAAGCAAUAGACACACACACAUUGUCACAGUACAGAUCCUUUAGUGCUUUAAGACGUGUGUCCGGGAUUCAAACUCCCUGGCAAUACUUAUUGUUCUUAUAUUUUUAAGUUGUUUUGGUUACAAAAACUGCUUUCUUGUUGACACUGAGGUUUCUGUGCAGUACCUUUUUGCCAGUGGGUUGGCAAAUAAAGAAAUAAUUCACA